AGGAUUAAGGAGAAUUCAUUACCUGCAGCACUACUGCAGUUCACACUGGGGGUGACCCCCAAGUACAUUUUGAAAGCCACCUGCAAAAGGAGGAUAGUCAGCCACUUGAAUCUGAUGGGCACAAACCAGAGCAGCAACUUUAGUAUGCAACAUCCUACAUACUAGUUUUGCUCCAGGAAAGUAGGGGUAAGGAACAAGUAGUCUUGAGAUCAUACUAGAUCUGUCUCUUCUGUGUUCCAUUGUGUUCACAGAUUUGGAGCUAUGUGAUAUUCCAGAGAAGUACACUGUAAGGCUGCUUGUUCUCUCUUUGAUGUUCCUGCAUUUACAGCCCCAUAAAAAAACAGUUGUAUUGUAAUCCCUCAUGCUUUCACUCAGUGUCGUUAUGCUCUUCUGGGGCCAUUAGCUCUAUACUGGCCUCUGUGUUGCUCUACAUUGCCAGCAACUUUGAUAAUCACUGCUCAGGAACUCCUGCAACUUGUGAGUGCGUUUACUCAGUUCUCCAUGUGCAGCCAAAACAUACAAACAAAUAAAUAAAUAAACAAAGCUACAACUGAAACAAAAGAAGAAAGAGUAAAACUACUGGGAUGUAUUUGAUAACAGGGCGGGGUUUGCUUCUCUGCCUCUACUGGUUAGUAUUACUUUAAAUAUGCAGCAUCUGCUCUGCUGGUGGAGAGGUCCCAUAUGCAUGCAUUUUUAGUGAGAUCAUUGUGCGAACCAGGAGGUGCUGAGGCACCAGGUUCACAGCAGUUGUUCUAUCUGUGGAGAGCUCUCCCGCAACACACAGCCACAAGCUGCUCCAGUUGGAGAUAAGUGUUGUUGCUUUUUUUACCUCUUUGGUGAGUAUAGGACAUGGAAGGUUUCCAAACAAUCCUGAAAUUCUUUAUAAACCGGAGAACUGCUAUUGGCUACAGCGUUAUGGCUCUGCUGACACUGGGAAGUGAACGUGCAUUUUCUCUUGUUGCUUUCAGAUGCCCCUGCAGCAAUGAAAACUUCAAGUAUGGUUUGGUUUUUCUUUUCUCCCCAGCUUUUGUUUUACUUGUUUUUGGAUAUUUCCUGAAUAAUAAGACCUGGAAGCUCUUCACAGGCUGCUGGGUGAACCCCAGAAAAAUAUUCCCCAAAGGGAAUAUCUGUCAUUUCUUCAUUAUCUUUGGACAAAUCACAUUAAAUGCCCUGGUAGCCCCAGUGAUGUGGCUUUCUGUGGCUUUGCUCAACGGGACUUUUUAUGAAUGUGCCAUGAGUGGCUUGAGAAAUCCUGCCUACUUAGAUGCAAUUUGCCACAACAAAUCUGUGAAGUGCUUUGAGGAGCUGCACAAGGUGUCCUGUGGCAAAAGCACCAUGCCCUUUUCAGAGAGUGAGGAACUCAAGCUAACACUGCAGGCCCACUCCCAGAUUUUAGGUUGGUGUGUGAUAGUGGCUAUGGCUCUUUUCUCCCUGCUAACCACUUGCUGUGCCAGCUGCCAGUCGAAAAUCAGCCAUCUCCAGCUGAUGUUCUGGAAGGUGUAUGCUGAGAAGGAGAAGGAGCAACUGGAGCAGACCUUCCAGCUGUACGCCACCAAGCUGAGCGAGCGAAACCUGAAGUGUUUCUUUGAGAAAAGAAAGCCAGAAGUUAUGCUCCUGCCAGCUUUUCAGGCAUGGGAAGAUGCUUCCCAGCUCUACACUUUCAGCAGUAGCAAACAGCAUUAUAGCACAAUUCACAAGCUAGUUGAAGAAGGCCAGAAAGAAGUCAGUGAGGAAAGAGAGACAACAUAUGACCUCGUAGACAGAAGGGAAAUACCAUAGAUCACAUAUAUCUUCAGUCUUUCUCUGCUGUGCUAAUAUAGCAUACUUCUAGCUUCUUUUAUCUGUAUUUUUUUU